AUGCGCCUGCGCGCUGGUGGAGUUCAUUCCUUCCAUACUCCUCCAAAAGAUGCGCGGAAACCUAGCGCUGAUUCAGACACUGAAGUAGCUGGCAUGGCCUGGAUGCCUUCGCAGUCCCAGACGCUUCAGCCUUCCAUCCAUAGCUCGCGCCAGUAUCGACUGAACUAUCUACCGUAUUAUUAA